AUGUUGAAGGCAGCAGCAAGUGUGGCAGCAGUGCUGCUCUUUGUGGCAUUAGUGUGUGCAGAACCUCGCCAAGGACUACAAAAGCAAGUUGCACAGAAACAACUGCGUUCGGGCGCUGCAGCCGCCGCGCCAAAUCAUCCGUAUCUCUUCCUUACCGUGCCACGUGAAAACGGCAAUGGACAUGAGGUACAAGGCUUCAAAGUUGUAGAGAUCGAGGACGACGACGAUGAAGAAGAAGCUGCGCAUAAGAAAACCAAAGUCGAAAACAACGCCGACAGCAGUGAUGAUGCGGACGAUGAUGAGGAAGAUGAAGCCAACAAUGGCAAUGCAGCAAAUGAUGAUGAUGAUGACGAGGACGACGAUAUUGUACGUAACAAUAAUGUUGAAGUUAACGAUGAUGACGACGACGAUUUCGAGUACAACGCCGACGAUGAUGAUGAUGCGGACAAUUUGAAUGACGAAAACGAUGUCACCAAUAAUUUGGUAUAUCUGCGCUCACGUGCACCACACUCGCCACGCCUGCGUAGUCAAUUGAAAAAUCAAGCUGCCGUUAUCAGCAAGGAUGACAAUCGUGCCAGCCAAUUGAAUGCACAACUCAUAUUGAAGAAUGCCAAACCCACAAAUAUGAUGGUAUCGCGCGAACAUGCCGGCGCUAUUAUGGUACCCGAUGGUAUUAUCGAAAUCGAAGGACAAAGUGUGGUGGACGAGAAGACCGGCAAGACGGCACUACUGGUGCCGCGUGCUGCACUCGAUGCCAUACCAAAUGGCAGCGUUGUCGCGCUAAUGGAAGGUGGCGAGACCGACAGCGAAGAGGCGCGUGCCAAUCGUGUACUAGUGCGUCGUCGUCGCAAGGGUUCGCGUCGCAAUGUGGUGCGCCGUGGUGGCGGUAAGACCCGCCGCCGUCGCGGCGGCAAUCGUCGUCGCCGUGUUAGCAACAAACGCAAGAACGUACGCGUCUAUCAAGUGGGCGGUGGCGCCAAGCGGCGACGUGGUAGUCGUCGUGUCGCACGUCCUGUAGUGCUGCAAGGUUGAUUGAAAGCGCUGAUGGACCACACGUGAACUAUUUUAGUAUUAUAGGUUAACUAACAAUCGACAGCUAAACGAUGCUACUUGAAUUAUGCAAUUGACGGAGAAAAAU